GCUGGUGGGUCUCUGGGCGGUCGGUGGCAGAUUUUGGCGCGACGUCGCCUGGGACUCCUGCCAGGCGCUGUGAGGCGCAGGAACCACGGGUCUCCCGCUCCCCACUUGUGCCCGGAUUGCGCUGCUGAUUGGCCGUCGGCUCCUCGCGCGCGGCCCAGCCCGGCCUCCCCGUCAGAGCGCCCUCCCUCCCUCCCUCCGUCCAGUCAGCUCGCUUUCCUCGCCUCGAGGUGACCCACUUGUAGCUCGCGCGCUGGGCUCGAGCGGGAGAAAAAAGUGAGCGGGACUUGCAAGGGUCCGGCGCGUGCGUUGCGCGCGGACGCGUUUCCUCUUCUAGGCGCGCGGAAGGAAGCCUCGAGGACUUCUUCCUUCUUCCCGCCCGGCUGCUGGCGAGGGUCGAGCGGCAAAGAAAACUUCGGGAAAGGGGCCGCGUCGCGUCGGUGAGGCGAGAAGCAGAGCGCGCCGGCUGCUGAGAAGUCCCUCGCGAGCAGGGACCGGGCGGCGCCGAGCCUCGGCGUCUCUCUUGCCGCCUUUUGCUCGCCGGGAUCGCUCCCCUGGCUCCCCGGCGAUGGAGUGGGGCAGCCUGGGCGCUGGCUCCCGCCCAGGCAUCUCCGGGGCGAGGUGACUCUCUUUCGCCAGCCGAGCCCUGCCGUUUAGGGACCAUGAGCCCGUGAAGCUCUUCGGCCUUGUAGCUCGUCAGGCGCAGAAGCGACCGUCGGCGGGACGCGGGUGCUAAGUGAAAGGGCGGCGAGCGGGAGCCAUGGGGGCCAACAGCACCCCCGCCUUCAAUGCCACCGACGCCUGCCCCACUCCCGAAGAGGAGCCGGACUACAACUUCGCCGCGCUGGUCUUCGGCGUCUUCCUCAUCCUCUUCAUCAUCAGCGGGAAUUUGCUGGUGUGCCUCAGCGUGUGCACCGAGAAAGCGCUGAAGACCACCACCAACUACUUCAUCGUCAGCUUGGCCGUGGCAGACCUGCUCCUGGCCAUCCUCGUGUUACCUCUCUACGUCUUCUCAGAGUUUCAGGGAGGUGUGUGGUCCUUGAGCACAGUCCUGUGCGAUGCCUUGAUGACCAUGGAUGUGAUGCUGUGCACAGCUUCCAUUUUCAACCUCUGUGCAAUCAGCGUUGAUCGGUUCAUUGCUGUCUCCAUCCCACUGAACUAUAACCGGCGGCAAAUUGACCUGAGGCAGCUGGUCCUCAUCUCCACCACAUGGAUCUUUGCUUUUGCUGUGGCCUCCCCGGUCAUCUUUGGCCUCAACAAUGUUCCAGACCGGGACCCUACAUUGUGUCAGCUGGAGGAUAACAACUACAUUGUGUACUCUUCUAUUUGCUCCUUCUUCAUUCCUUGCCCUGUCAUGCUGGUCCUGUACUGUGCCAUGUUCCAGGGACUUAGGCGUUGGGAGGAAGCCCGGAAGGCCAAACUGAAGAGCAGCAUCUACUUGGGCAACAGGCCACUGUAUUGUCCGCCACCCGUCAUUGAGAGGAACCAGGCUGAGGUCAAGUUGGAGGAGCGCAACCGAUAUACCUGCUCCGAGUGCUCUUUUCCCAGGGACUACGUGACCAAUGGGAUUCAGACUGUGUCCUACCCACACCUCAGAUACCCACCACAUAAAGGACUCAAAAGGAAGCAGGCAAAGAUCAAUGGCAGAGAGAGGAAAGCUAUGAAGGUGCUGCCGGUUGUGGUUGGUGUGUUCCUUUUCUGCUGGACUCCUUUCUUUGUGGUCCACAUAACCAGAGCCUUGUGUCACUCCUGCACCAUCCCCAGCGAGGUAACCAGCAUUGUGACAUGGCUGGGCUACGUCAACAGUGCCCUCAACCCCAUCAUCUACACCGUCUUCAACACUGAAUUUAGGAACUACUUCCGCAAAGUUUUGCACAUCUUCUGCUAACACUGCUGGAUUCUAAACAUAGAACUGGAUUCUGAAUAUAGAACAGAGUGUACUACACAAGGCAAAGAACCAGACAAAUUUAACUUCUUUGUAUAGUUUAUUAAAGUUUUAUUUCUUGCUACA